GGAGUGACUGCCAUGUCUGUUGGACAAGAGGAGCCAGCGGAAUAUGAGUUCAACAGCACACUCAAAGGUGUUCAGGUGAUUUUGAAGCAUGCAGACACACAGAUUCCUUGCUGUGGGACCAUCCGUGAAUGGCGGCUGGCUGUGGGCCAAACAGGAACACUCACAUUCCAGGUUUGGCGGGUUAAUGCCACCGAUUCUCAAUCCCUGGUCCUGGUUGGGAAAAACGAAGCAUCUCUGAUUGAGGGGAAGAAUACUGUGAACAUUCGAACUAAUGACAGAAUCAGUGUAAUGGAAGGUAUUGCGCCAUAUUUCACGAACGAACAUGAUGAGAUUACAGUCUAUUUAAACACGGCAUUGGAUGAUGAUAUUUAUACAUUGGAGUUCACUGAUGACGACCCACAGGAUAUAUCUACAUUGGUCGUUGCCAUGGAAGCUAAUGAUUAUUUUGACCUGAAAAGUAAAAAGGUAGUGUUAAAAAACAAACUUGUCAAUGGGUCUUGGUCGCUACAGUUUGAAGUCAAAGAUAGAUGUGGUGCAAUUGGUAAAAUGACCUUGGACGUUAGGGUGAAUGGUUUUCAGCCUGUAGAAAUUGUAAGUCUACCAUCACACGUCUCAAUGUUGGCAACUCAGCUUACAAGGCAGAUGCUACACACCCUUGAGUUGAAACCGAAGGCUGGAAUCUUCACUUGUGCUAUUGACUCGUAUAUGCCUGAAAGAAGCACUGGGAAUCCCUUUAUCUUGCAAACCGAGUCAUCGAAGUCAACGAAUGGUUUGUUUGCUGAAAUAAAUAAGUUCGCCUUUAGUAACAUCGGUUAUAAUUGA